UCCCUCCUACCACUCUAGCUAGAAAAUGAAGAGAAAAUUCAUCCCUUCCGCCACCACCCCUACUUCUGUAGACAACAGCUGCCGCCGACGCCGAUUAUAUGAUCCUCAUUUCUUUCAGCCCCUCCUCCCCGGAUUCCGUCGCAGGCUUAAAAUCCCAGAGGAAUUCAUGAGUAGAUAUUUGGAUGAGGAGUUGAACAAGAAGAAGAAGAAGAAGAAGGUGUGUGAGAGCAGCUAUUCAACUCCUCCUGUUCUUUUGAGAAGCCAUAACAAAGAAUGGGUGGUCCAUCUCAGAGGAGGCAGGUAUCUUCAAAAGGGUUGGACCACGUUUGUUGAUCAGUACUUCGAUGAUGAUGAUGAUGAUAAUGAUAAUGAUAAUGAUAAUGAUAAUGAUGAUUCGAUGAAGAAGAAGAUGGAUGUCGGUGAUAUAAUCAUAUUCAAACACAAAGGGGACUUGAUUUUCGAUGUCUCUGUUUUCGAUGCCACCACUUGUUGCCAGAAACUACCAAAUCUUAAUACUCAAGAUCAUCAUCAAUCUCCUCUUAUAAACAACAGCAAGAAGAAAAAUCCAGGCCGACCGAAGAAGGAGAAGCCGCAAGAGCAGGAACAGAAACCUUAUACUGGAAAAAAGAGGAAAGCAGCAGAUAGUGUUUGCCCUUACUUUGACACACAAUUAAAGUUGAACAGCAACAUACUUAAGAAAACACUGUAUGUGCCAGUACGUUUUGUUAGGGCGAAUGGGUUAGAAAGGAACUGCAAGAUGAUACUAAAAGAUGAUAUAGGAAGGGAAUGGGAAGUGGAGGCUACAUUAUAUCCUCCGCAUUCAUAUUUAUACGUUUCAAAUGGUUGGAAUGAUUUUCAAAUUGGAAAUGGCCUCAAAGUGAAAGAUUGUUUCAGAUUUCAAAUCAUCAAGAAUGGCCCAAUUCCUGUUCUUCUCUUCUCUAGGCUGCCUAGGAAAACGAAAAAGAAGAAGAAAGAUGGUAAUGAUGAUGAUACAAGGAGGAAGAAGAAGAAGAAGAAGGAAGAUGGUGAUGAUGAUACGAGGAGGAACAACAGAAGAAGAUACACAACUUCGGCUCUAACUGAUUCAAGAACAUCUACAAUGAAGACAAAAACUAUCUCCGCCACCGCCUCUGCCGGCGUCACCGCCGCCUCCGACUUGGGAUACGAUCCUCACUUUUUCCAGCCCCUCCUCCCUGGAUUCCUCCGAAGCGGGAUUAACAUUCCAGAAGCAUUCAUGAUGAGAUACUUAAACGAAGAGUUGAAAAAGGAUCUCCCCGUAAUGAUCAGAAAGCAUAACAGAGAGUGGGAGGUUCAUCUCAGAGGCCGGAGACUCGAGAAGGGUUGGCCGGAGUUUGUUGUUUCGUACUACUCGUUUCCCGAUUCCGGCGACAAGAAGAAGAUGGACGUUGGUGACAUCGUAAUAUUCAAACACAAAGGAAACCUAGUAUUCGAAGUGUCGGUUUAUGAUGCCACCACAAGUUUAGAAAAAUUACCAUAUCACCGUCCCAAUAAAGAUAACAAUCAGUCAAUAAACAAGAAAAGGAAGAAGAAUGAGAUGAUGAAAAGUAAGUAA